AUGGAUCACUAUUGUAUUGCUGCUGGGUCUUUCCAUCAGGGAGAUCUUAGAUUCACCGACAGCAACAAUGCUCAGUGCAUGGCUAAUUCAGCCUGUGCACUCGCCUGGCAAGUGUUCUGUGGUGGAUUCAGUACCAAUGCUAUUGACGAGAUACUCAUGGCCGGCGACCGUUUGUACACUCAAUCACGCCGUGAGUAUAACGUCAUUCACAGGUAUCUGUUUCCCGAGGACCUUGCCAGGAACUUCGUGGUUGCGGACAAACAUGUAACCAUCGAGGAGAUUUCCAGUGUUGGUGAUGGUUUGUACCCGCGUUGCAUCGCCGAAUCGGACGAUGUGACCACUUCUUUAUCAUUGAUGUUGGAAACGGCCAUGCCCGGCGACUCUGUUGAUGGCGGCUUUGUGUUCACGGGUCAAUUGGUAGCAGUCGCUUUUUGGCGUUACCAAGGGCGGCUCUACCUCUUUGAUUCUCACGCGGUGAACGAAAGCCGUCGUCGAGACAUUGAUGAGGGCAAUAAUAAGGCUAGGCUGUUUGUGUGUGAUAAUUUUCAUUCUCUGGCCUCCCUUUUAUUGGUGAAUUCUGCGUUCGUCGGUGGACAGUACUCCGUUACAAAACUGAAAUUUUCCUUUAAUCAAACUGUCCACACGAUUGAAUGUCCAGAGAAUGUUUUGGCACAAUUACUGUCAGAGUCUGGUUCUGAAGUAGUUGUUAAGGAUUCCAAAGGUCCUGGUAGACCGAAAAAAGUUAAACGCGGACGUCCGAAAUAUCUAGACACGACCAGGGAAGAGCAAGUGGACGCGGCAAAUAAAAGGUAUAGGGAGACGCACCCUGAUCUUAUCAGGCAGAUAAAAAGUCAGUACUCUCAAAACCACCCCGAAGUUAACAGAGCGGCUGUUGGGCGUUACAGCCAAACUCACCCUGAUGUACACCGUCAGGCUGUUAGGGAGUACGACUUGCGUCAUCCCGGUGCUGCUUCGGAAAGAGUUCAAAUUUUUCGACUACGAAAUCCUAAGCUCUCUGAGCUCCAACAUAUGCCUGCUUCACUUGCCCGGUCCGUAAUUAAAAACGGCCCGAUGUCUGUUUGGAGUGGGGAAUUAUUAGCCACAGUAGACCCUUUUAAAUUGAAGAAAAUCAGUCUCUGGGUGGACGAUAUUUACAGAUGUCGUCAUUGCCAAGCACGGCUCUUUGAGGAGGAGAAGAACAGAAAGCAAUGGUGCUGCGGGGAGGGAGCAUUCAAUGUUCUCGAACUUCCUCCUCUACAAGAACUCUUCUACUCCAAUCGUCACUUCUUGGAAAGAGCCCGUGCGUACAACGACCUGUUUGCUCUCUGCGCGCUCGAAGUGUCAGGCGGGUAUCGUCAUCCCAGUGGUCUUUCUUUUUUCAAGAUCGAGGGAAGAAUGUACCACCAGGUCUACAAUCUGGACGCCCCAGGACAAAAGUUCACCACUCGUUCUGGGAACGUUCAGUUUGUGAAUCGGUCCCGCCUGUAUAUUGACGAUGGUGAAGAGCGCCGUAACAUUGCGAUGGGUAGAUCGCUUGAUGCCGAGAUCAUCGACGGUAUUGCUGAUUUCCUUUCAAGGGAAAAUCCUUACAUUGAGCACUACCGUCGAUUGAGCAACGAGCCUUCUGUAAAUGCUCACUUUGCAUUUGAGAUAACAAGUAGGUCUACCCAUGGCCCUGUUCUCGCCGUGCUUAGCAAUGAUGAAAACGACACUGAGCCCCGGAGACUGACAAUAUGGAAAUGCGGCUCCGACAGACCUACGUUUAUUGACCUUUUACAUCCCCUUAUGGAACCUUUCGAAUAUCCCCUACUCUACCCACAAGGCACUGUGGGAUGGCACGUUGGUCGUCUUGACAACAAGGGUGCUAAGCUGACUCAAUUUAAGUACUCGCGGUGCCUCCUACUUUCGGAACCUCGCUUCUCUCACCUAGGCCGUCUCUCACAAGCUUGGCAGGUUGAGAUGUUCGCGAGGUACGAGGAGGAGAAACUGCGUUAUAUUAAGUUUACGCAGCUGAAGAACACCGAUAGUGCCUUGCGGGUGGGGCCGGUUGACGAGAUUCGGAAUGCACAGCAGGUCUUGAACGACAUCGCUCGUGAUGAAACCGUCCAAGGCGAGGGUGGGGUGCAGGCAGGAAAAGUCUACCUCCCAAGUUCGUUCACCGGGGGGCCCAGGUACAUGAAAGUAAAGUACGAAGACGCUAUGGCAAUCGUAUCGCGCCUGGGUUCCCCCACUUUCUUUUUGACGUUUACGUACAACGCGACUUGGGAGGAGAACAAGAAAGCUUGCCCUCGUGGAGGUACUCGCAGUGACCCUAGCACUGCUUGCAGAGUUUUUAGGAUCAAACUUCUGGAACUUCUCCGAGACCUGCGCAGUGGAGCAAUGUUUGGACGCUCUGUCUAUAUCGUCUACGUCAUCGAGAUGCAAAUGAGGGGCCUUCCUCACGCCCACAUUGUUUUCAAGAUUGACGGAGACGGACCAGUUCAGGCGUCCGAAAUUGACUCCAUCAUCCGCGCGGAUAUUCCCUCGGAAGAAGAGGCCGGAGGCCGACUGAGGAAGUUGGUCCUAAAACACAUGAUCCACGGUCCAUGUGGUAAUGAUCAUAGGACUGACUUCCUCUGUUGGGACUCUGCAAAGGUUUACUGCACCAAAUAUUUCCCCAAGCCCUGCUGUGAAACCACCCACGUCGACGAGAGGGGAUUCGUCCAGUACAAGCGAGAUUAUACCAAUCAGGGGACAAUUGUUUCAAGAAAGGGAAACAUCAGCGUUCACGAUGGCUGGGUUGUGCCGUAUAACUCCGCACUUUUAUUGAAAUACGAGGCCCACAUCAAUUUGGAGCUGGCGUCUACUCGCCGCGUGAUUAAGUACCUCUUCAAAUAUCUUAUGAAGGGAGGGUCUCUCCAGAACGUCACAGUUACUCCCUUCAGUAAGCAAGAUGAUGAGGUACAGCAUUACGUGACGAAGAGAAUGGUGGGUGCCAGUGACGCGUGCUGGCGUUUAUUAAACUUUCUCGUAUCAGAAUCUGAACCGACGGUUGAAUGUCUUCCCGUCCAUCUGGAGGGCAAGCAGUCCGUCCUGUUCAGACCAGGCAAACUGGCAGCGGCAGCUGCUAGGAACAGCUCCAAACUUACAAUCUACUUCGACCGGCCUCGUAUUUCACUGUUUGACGACGUGACAUAUCAGGGUUUUUAUGAAACGUUUGUGGUCCACGUCAAACGCCCUAAAAACUGCGAAGAUAUACGAGCACCCUGA